UUCAGUAUUGUGACUACUGUCCAUACUUGACAAUAACAAUUCUUACUCCUCAUAAUGCUUAUGAAUGUCUUUUGUUAUCAGUUGAUAGAACAUAGCUUACACUAUAGCAUACGUACGUGCUUGCCGUAUUGAACAAUGCCUCAUUUAACUUGGAACAACAUUAAGAAUCAGACAUAACUAUAUCUUUAUUUAAUUUAGUGUACCUAGUUCAAUGUUUGAAUUUUAUUACUACUAUGUGAUUGUAUUUUGCCCAUAAAAUUACUCAACACAUCAUUACAAGUUUAGUAUUCAUCUGAAUAUAAUCUCAAAUUACUCGAAUACUACCGUGUAGAACAAUUACAAUUAUAAAACCGAAUUUUAAUAAGCAAACUGAUAUAAAAAUGGUGGAUCCCGAGAGAGUUUUGAGCUAUGAUGAUAUGCUGAAGGUAAUCCAUCAACCACAAAAGGUGAUCAUUGAUGUUCGCAACCCAGAUGAAGUUAACACUACUGGCAAGAUUCCAUCCAGCAUCAAUAUACCAUUGGAUAAUGUUCAUAACGCCUUGGUGACUAUGUCGCAUGAAGAGUUUAGGAAGCAUUACCAGCGCGAGAAGCCAGCAUCAACGGAUGAACUCAUAUUCUACUGUCAGUCUGGCAGGCGGUCUAGUGAGGCUUUGGACAAAGCUCUGAAAAUGGGCUACACAAAAUCAAAAACUUAUUUGGGAAGCUGGUCUGAAUGGUCAAAGAAGCAUAGGUAAGUUACCAUGUGUUUGUGCAUUGGUGUAAUAAAUUCCUGUGAUGAGUUUGCCCAAUAAAAUUGUUAUUUUA